AUCAGAACGUCACUUCUCUGUGUACGUAUGGUUUGGUACUGUGUGUUUUCAACUGUUUUCUUCAGUGUAAAAAUUUGGAUUUCAAUUUUUUUGCAAAUUACUUUUUCAUCAUUUUAUCAUUACUCGUCAAUUCAAUAAUUGCUAGAAAAUAAUAACAGAGAUAUUGUAUUUCAUAAUAAAAAAAGUCUCAAUUUCGUACUUAAUUAAUCAGAAUGAUUAGUGGACGUGCUUUACAUUUUGUUUUCAAAGUUGCCGAUAGAACCCUUACAGCCAAAUUUUACAGAGAUGUUCUGGGAAUGAAGGUAUUACGACAUGAAGAAUUUUCUGAAGGAUGUGAAGCAACAUGUAAUGGACCUUAUGCUAACAGAUGGAGCAAAACCAUGGUAGGGUAUGGACCAGAAGACACACAUUUUGUUGUAGAGCUCACAUAUAAUUAUGGGGUGACACAUUAUGAACAAGGCAAUGACUUUCUUGGCCUUACAAUCCAAUCCAGUGAGAGCUUACAAAGAGCAGCAAAUAAUAAUUGGCCUGUAAAAGAACAAAAUGGAAUCAAAUAUUUAGAAGCACCUGGUGGCUACAAGUUUUAUAUUGUUGAUAAACCACAGCCCUCUGACAAAGAUCCUGUGUUAAAAGUAUCACUGGCAAGUUCAAAUCUGGCAAGAUCUAUAGCAUAUUGGAAUGGACUUCUAUCACUAAAAAUAUUUGAAAAAACAAAUAAAACUGUUGUACUUGGUUUUAGUGAAGAUCAAACUAAACUUGAAUUAGUUGAUAUUGGUGGCACAGUUAACCGAGCUAAAGCUUAUGGGCGCAUCGCAUUCUCAUGUCCAUUCGAGCAGCAACCACUCAUCGAUAAGAAGAUUCAAGAAGCAAAGGGAACUAUUCUCACUCCACUCAUAUCCCUAGACACACCCGGUAAAGCUACCGUGCGUGUCAUCAUCCUCGCGGACCCUGACGGUCACGAGAUCUGCUUUGUUGAUGACGAGAGUUUCCGGCAGCUGUCCCAGGUUGACCCAGCCGGUGACGCCGAUCUGAAUAAGUAUAUCAAGGCAGACAAGUCGCGUGCUUAAACUUAUACAACAAGUUGUUAUUAUUACACUCUUUUAUUUUUUUAUCACAUCAUAUUCUACAAAAAUGUUAUUGAUAUUGCUUGUAACACUAUGUCACUAUUGUACAUUUUCAAAGUGCUUUUCUUUAAAUGUGGAAAAUCUUCACCAAGAUCAUACCACGAAUCCACUAAGGGAUCCUAUUGGAAUAUAUGGCAUUUUCACCUUCUUUAAACCACCACUACAACGAUAUUAGUAGCUACUAGUACUAGUACCAUAACUAAGCUA